AUGGACAUCUCAAAGCACCCCGCCAACGCCGAUCAUGCCGAGAAGCACCCAUCGCCGGCAGAGAGCGAUCCUCCAUGGGAAGACCCUCGCGUGAAAGCGAUCAAACACAAGGUCGACGUACGCCUCUCCGCCACGCUCGCGGUCAUGUACAUCGUAAACCAAAUCGACCGCAGCAAUCUAAGCAACGCCGUCAUAGCGGGUAUGGACGACACUCUCGCCUUCGAAAACACAAACCGCUACAGCAUCAUCGUCCUCCUCUUCUUCCCUACCUACGUCCUCUUCCAACCUAUUGCUACGGUGCUGGCCCGCAGACUUGGGCCUCGGCCUUUCCUCGCGGCGAUUACUCUCGCGUUUGGACUGGUCGUUCUAGGAUUCGGGUUCGUUGACAAUUGGGCCGAGCUAGCUGGGCUGAGAGUCCUGCUCGGAGCAUUCGAGGCUUGCUUCUUCCCCUCGGCGCUGUUUCUCGUGAGUAUGUGGUAUGUGAGACGGGAGGUGGCGAAGCGGAAUGCGUUCUUCUAUCUUGUCGGUAAUAGUGUAGGCGGGUUUGGAGGAGUGUUGGCGUAUGGGUUGCAGCAGAUGGAUGGCCUCGGAGGACUGGAGGGGUGGAGGUGGAUUUUCGUUAUGGAAGGAGUUAUAACGGCGAUCAUUGCUCUCGUUGGAUACACCUUCCUCAUCGACUUUCCCGAAGACGCCCACAAGACCAAGUCGUUCCUUACGAGCGAGGAGAUCAAGAUUAUGGUCGAUCGUGUUGAACGGGAUCGCGGCGACGCUCAUGUCACCCCGUUCAGUCUGAAGAACUACCUCGUCCAAGGCAAGGACUGGAAAGUCUGGUUCUUCGCCCUCAACUUCGGUCUGUCCGGCCUCGUCACCUACGCCGUCUCCUACUUCCUCCCCAUCAUCCUCCGCAACACGCUCGGCUUCUCCGUCGUGCAAGCCCAAUGCCUCACCGCACCAUGCUACGCCUUCUCCUUCCUCCUCGGCUUCACAGAAUCCUACCUCUCCGACAAAUACACCCUCCGCGGCCCCGUCCUCAUCUUCAACGCCCUCCUCGAAAUCACUGGCAUCGCCAUCCUCGGGUACGCCUCCCAACCCUACGUCCGCUACUUCGGCGCCUUCCUCAUCACCGGCGGCGCGAACAGCAACAUUCCCGCGAGCAUGACCUACCAAGCAAACAAUGUGGUCGGCCAGUGGCGUCGAGCUUUCACGGCCGCGACUAUUGUCGCCGCAGGAGGGGUCGGAGGGGUGAUUGGAAGCGUGGCGUUUCGACCGCAGGAUUCUCCAGGAUAUGGGCCGGGGUUGUGGACUUGUUUCGUGGCGGCGGGGGUGACGGUGGGCAGUGUAGUCACGACGACGGUGUAUAUGUGGAGGAUGAAUCGGAAGCAGGCGAGGGGAGAGUGCGUGAUCGAGGGGGUGGUGGGGUUUCGGUAUACAUUGUGA